GCUAACCCUGCGCAAAUGGGGACAACAUGUAUCAAGUCUCAUCCAUUCGCUGGGAGGUGGCCACGAAGGCAUUUCUCUACCGGACUGGGGGCGAGAUUCGAUGUCUAAGUUAAUCGACUCGUGCUCGUGUUUCAGGUUGUGGCUCUGGUCCCCUCCCAAUAGUUUAUUGCCGCCGGCAUAAUAUUAUUAGCAUAUGUGCGUACCUACAUCCAACCUUUCUUUGAUAUAUGCAUGCAGUGCCUCUUUCCCUUUUUCCUUGUAUUCUCUAUUACGCACAUACAGAGACAGUGGUCCAUUAUCCACUCCUGCAAGGAUCACCUACGUCUGCUGAACAGCGCGCAGACAAGCCAAGUCGUAUUCUUUGUAUGACGAUAGCAAGGUAUUCAUCCACAUUGACCAUUAUUGCCACCGAGUCCACGAAGCCCAAAACCUUCCUUCCUACCUGCCUACUACGACACUAGACCAAACCAACGCAUGCUCCAGGACGACCGAGCAGCGUAGCGUACCAGAUACAGCACCGUCCAACACCACGUAGAACCGGUCUCUCAAGGCCAAGCACAGCCAAUUUGACCAACACGCCGAAGAACAGACAGUUAACCACCUUAC